UUUAUAGUUUUGACUGAAAUUGUGAAAAUUAAAGCCUUGGUAAAGAUUUUCUACCACUACAGUCUAGAUGGGAUCCAAUACCACAAAGGGAGCAUAAAGAUGAAAAAAGGAAACAGUGCAUACCUGUUUGAUGUCCCUAAGGUUAUCGCCUAUUUUCAUUUCUCGGCGGAUCCUUGCACUUCGGUGUGCAAUAUCGAAACCAAAUGGCGGCCACUUAAAGAGUAUAUCACAAUAGCGGAAGAUGAAAACAAUUUCAUGCUGAGACUGGUACCAUAUGCCCUGGAUCAGGACAUGGACACGUGCUUUAAUUUGCCCGUGCCGGGGGAUUCCCCGUCCAUGCUGUGGCUGAUGAUUAAAAACCUUACUCUGUUUGGUGUAACGUCAAGGAAAUUCGCAAUGCACUUCUCUGGUGAAGGUAUAGAAUGUACAACUGUUGGACAAAAAAGUAUCCAGGUUGGAACUUCCGGACCCGCUAUCAGUGACCAGUGCGCCAUCGAAUCAUCGGAUAUAGCAUUUUGUAAAGUCUUACAACACAAUGCUGGUCAUUCGCUAACUCAAUGUAACAUAGAAUGUGAAUGUGAAAAUUUCCAACAAUGUUCGAAUGUUCAUAUCAUCAUGCAGAGCGCGAAUAGGAAUAAAUGGCGGCUAUGUGAACUGACCAUGGACGAAGAAGUCUAAAUACAGCCAACAAGAAUGUCUCUUCUUGUUUUUAACUUGAGGAUACGUGGUCUAAAACAAAGUUUUCAGCAGGUUUUGUGAAUCCGUUUAGAUUGGAAUAGAUUUGUGUGAUAAUGAAGGAAAUGUGCAGAAUAUUGGUGCAAUUUUACUACAUAUGAUUUCAUAUACGAUGGUAUGAGCAACUUCAUUUUACUGAAUAUUUAAAGAAGUUUGGGAAGAUAAGCAGAGGUCCGUGGAACUAAAUAGAUACUGUUGGAUUUUAUGUCAACUCACUGACUAUAAUUUCCUUUUACGAUAGGUGUGUGGAUGUUUUUAUCGUGGAUCUCUUGAAACUGUUGGAUAUCGACAUUAAGUACUCUGUAAAAAUGAUGAUUCUGUGUGAACUACUUGUUUCAAUGAUUCCAUGAUACCAGCGAAUGUCCUGGUCUAAGAUGCCUUGAUUUUGUGAGAUCUCUAUAUAUUUCUGUAUGAAAGGUGAUGACACUGUAAACUUAAAUGAUUCAAUAAAAAAAGAUUUUUGGAUACUGAA